AGCGCAGGGAAAGGGGCCGCUCCUGACCAGAGACCGCUAUGUUCACGCCAGUCCCGCGGUGAGUCCUGGGGAAACGGAGGGGACGAGCCUUCACGCCCUCAUCGCAUCACCGCUCGGUUUUCCCACGCAAGGGAAGGGUUUUGCACGACCGACGGGAACUUGAUUGCAACAUCCCUGCGCAGUCCAGCUGGGCCCCACCGCGGAUCACGGCUCCUCUGUCCGCUGCUGCUGGGAGAAGCCCAGAACUAUCGUAUCUGAUCACUGAGGAAACACUCUUUUGAAAUGAAAGAGGGAAAAGCAUGGUGCCUUAGGCUUCUCCCAGUUCUUCUCUUCUUCAUCUCCUUUGUCACAUACUACUGUUCCUACGCCAUACUUCAGAGCUAUGGUGGCACCAGCAAGUCUCUGAACAGUAGCAAGUCACUAUGUGGUGGCUGGAUAACCCAGAAAAAGUGGGAAAGCCUUAACUUUAACAUUAGCAGACGGACACAACUUUUUCUGAAACUGGAGGACUUCUUUUGGCGGGAGCAUCUGUCAAAGUUGGCAUUGCCUUAUGGCAUUAAAGGCAGUGAGUUGCUGCUGCUCAAAGUUCUUGCUGUUACUGUUAAUUAUCAAGUGCCAGCCAAGAUCGAAAAUCUUGAAUGCAGGACCUGUGUAGUCAUAGGAAAUGGCUUUGCCAUUAAAAACAGCUCUUUGGGAAGCAUCAUCAACAAAUACGACGUGGUCAUUCGCUUGAAUGAUGCUCCAAUACGAGGCUACGAGGAGGACGUCGGAAACAAAACCACCAUGAGGUUCUUCUACCCCGAGUCGGCCUCGUACAACCCCGGCCUGAACAACGAGCCCGGCACGCUCAUGGUCCUGGUGCCGUUUAAACAGCAAGAUCUACGCUGGCUCAAAGAAAUCCUCUAUAAUGAGAAGAGGAUCAGGAAGGGCUUCUGGAAGCCUCCUCCUCAAGUCUGGCUGGGUGACGUUAGUAAAAUCAGAGUGCUGGACCCACACUUCUUGCACCAGACCGCAGACAAACUCCUCCGAAUCCCACUUCAACCAAAGGGAAAACAGAAUCCCGUACACCCUACCACGGGUAUCCUUGCUGUGUUUGUUGCUCUCAACUACUGUGACGUGGUUCACAUUGCUGGAUUCGGGUACCCAAAAUCACAAAACCAGCGGCAACCUAUACACUAUUACGGAUACGACACUAUGAAAUCUAUGAAGAAUUCUUACCAUGACCUCAGCCACGAGGCCAAAGCCUUAAAAAGACUGGAGGAUUCAGGAGCGGUUCUGUACCUGCACCCGCAUUUAUGAUGCACAUCUUUUUUCCAGUUCUAGGAAAAGGAUAAACAGACAAAAAAAAAAAGUAAUAAAUGAAUACCAAAUUGUA